UAGCCGCAGUUGGCUGUCUUUUGCAAAGAUUCGCUAGCGGUUAAUUCUAGAUAUUUUUCAAAGAAGCAGUUGCGGAAAUGUUUCACUGGUGUGGUUAUGAAUAACAGGGACAUGUCAAAAAUCUUGUGAUGGCGGCGAUGUUAAAGGAUAAAGGUCAAUAUACAUUUGAAGAAAAAUGGCCGUGCAUGCGCCCGAUUAUAUUAAAGCUGCUGAAACAGGAGCCGGUGAGCCAAGCGGAAUGGCAAGACUUGUUUUCCUCCGUUUACUUAGUAUGUUCAUGGGAUGAAAAAGGACCAACUAGAUUGAGAGAUGCGCUGACAGAAGAUAUAUUGGAUUUCAUAAAACAAGCACAACAGAGAGUACUGGCACACCAAGAAGAACAAGCUUUGUUGAAAGCUUAUGUUGCCGAGUGGAGAAAAUUUUUUACACAAUGUAAUUAUUUACCAACUCCAUUUAGGCAAUUGGAAACUGCCUUGGCAGGAAGAAGUUCUACUGUACAAAAAAGAAAUCAACCGGACGAGAGUAUAGUUAAAAAGUUAAUGCUAGAUAGUUGGAAGCAGAGCAUAUUUGGUGAGAUAAAACAGAAACUACAAGAUUCAGCAAUGAGACUCGUACGUGCGGAAAGAAAUGGUGAAUCAUUUGACUCUCAGUUAGUCAUCGGAGUUAGGGAAUCUUAUGUAAAUUUAUGCUCAAAUGCUACGGAUAAACUUCAAAUUUAUAGAGAAAAUUUUGAAGCAGCUUACAUCGAAGCAACAGAAGCAUUUUAUUGGGUAAAAGCACCAGAAAAGUUGUCUCUGCACGGUGUGGAAAAUUAUAUGCGUUAUGCAGAAGCAAAAUUGCGGGAAGAAGAAUUGCGAGCCCAAAAGUAUUUAGAACAAAGUGGCUCGAGUGUACAACUUUUAACAGACUGUUGUGUGAAAGGAUUGGUAGCUACCUUUAAACCUGCUAUAUUAGCAGAAUGUCCUAGGAUGAUACAGCAUCAUCAAACAGAUAAGCUACGGUUGAUGUUAAAAUUGAUGGAUCGAGUCCCAGAUGGAGUUGGGCCCAUGCUAAGAGACCUCGAAGAGCACAUAGCAAAUGCAGGUCUAGCUGAUAUGAUGGCUGCGGUAGACGUUAUAACUCAAGACUCAGAGAAAUAUGUCGAAAGGCUAUUAGAUUUGUUUAAUCGAUUUUCAAAACUUGUCCAAGAGGCAUUUAACAAUGAUCCACGGUUUUUGACUGCUCGUGAUAAAGCCUAUAAACUAAUUGUCAAUGACGCUUCGGUAUUUCGUUUGGAGUUACCAGCACGACAGGGUCCAGGAGUAGGAGUAUUAGUCACGAACAGUAAACCUAAUAACAAUAAUAAUGGACAACCAGAGUCUAAAUGUCCAGAACUGUUGGCUAAUUACUGUGAUAUGUUACUUAGAAAAACUCCCCUCAGCAAGAAACUUACUCCUGAUCAAAUUGAGAAAAAGCUGAAAGAUGUGUUGCUGGUAUUAAAAUAUGUCCAAAAUAAGGACGUUUUCAUGAGAUAUCAUAAAGCUCAUUUAACGAGGCGGUUAAUAUUGGAUACGUCUGCUGAUUCAGAGAAAGAGGAGAAUAUGGUAGAAUGGCUUCGAGAAGUUGGCAUGCCAGCGGACUAUGUUAACAAAUUGGCACGAAUGUUUCAAGACAUCAAAGUAUCACAAGAUCUUAAUCAGCAGUUUAAGGAGCAAUGUCGAGCUGCUAUUGCUGACAGUAUAAACAUCAAGAUACUAAAUGCUGGAGCCUGGGCGAGAGGGAGUGAACGAGUCACGGUUAGUCUCCCUCUUCAACUAGAAGAUUAUAUACCUGAAGUUGAAGAAUUUUACAAGAAGAAGCAUAGUGGGCGCAAACUGCAGUGGUACCAUCAUAUGUCUAAUGGCACGAUAACAUUUUCCAACCAAGUGGGUCGAUUCGACGUGGAUGUGACGACAUUUCAAAUGGCAGUAUUAUUUGCAUGGAAUCAACGGCCGUUAGAAAAAAUUUCGUACGAAAAUCUUCGCUUAGCUACCGAGCUACCCGAUCCUGAAUUAAGACGUACGCUGUGGUCACUGUGCGCAUUUCCCAAAUUAAAACGUCAGCUACUUUUAGUGGAGCCAAUUGCUCACAGCCCUAAGGAUUUUGCUCACGAUACCAGGUUUUGGGUGAAUCAAGAAUUUGCUGUAGUAAAGAAUGGCAAACUUCAGAAACGUGGAAAAAUUAAUCUCAUCGGUCGCCUUCAACUUUCUACAGAGCGUAGCAAGGAGGAGGAUAAUCAGUCGAUUGUUCAGCUUAGGAUAUUGCGGGUUCAGGAGGCCAUUAUUAAAAUCCUGAAAAUGAGGAAGAAAAUUAACAACGCACAGUUGCAAACCGAACUAGUGGACAUACUGAAGAAUAUGUUCCUACCGAGUAAGAAGAUGAUCAAAGAACAGAUUGAGUGGCUUAUUGAGCACAAGUAUAUUCGAAGACAUGACGACGAUAUCAACACAUUUGUGUACAUGGCGUAACCUCGACGACCUCGCGUUUUCGGGCAAUCGCCCGGGCAUCUAUGACUAAUAUUAUAUUUUUAUAAAACCUGAGUUUCUUCCGCGCAGUUGUAAUCCUGCGAGGGCAUGAGAACAGUUCCGCCUGCGAAUUCAGGCAGAUACUAUCUUUCGGUAAGUGGAUAAAAUGUGAAUACACUUGUCAUCGCAUUGCUUGCAAAGGUGACAUCGAAGUUUAGUGGGAAUUGCCAUUCAGCGGACAAAGUGUAACAUUGUACUAGUAGCGCAAAAAACUUCGCGAUAAGAUCAUAAGAGCAUUUUGUAAAGGAAGACAGGAUGUUUUUUCCUGCUAGAAGGUAAUGGUUUUUAGAACGAUGAUCUCAUACCAUGUCGAUUGAAUUUUAUGAAGCGAGGAAUCAAUAAGUAUGUAAUGGGAUUAACACCACGCUGCAAUUUGUAUUUUAUUUAUGUAGGACAGAGUACUUCAGUAUUGCAUCGUGACGAUUCUUUGGUGAACACCCUAUAAAGGAUGUCAAAUUUGUUCAAUUGAAAAAUGUGAGUACUGGAUUCUGUUAGCUCGAGUUCAAAUUAACCAUAGAAUUUAUUAAGUCGACAAUUGUUAAAGAUUUAACGUUAAUUCCUGUAGUAAUGUAACAAAUUUAAAAUCCUAAUGCAUAAGCGAUGAAAAAAGGUAUUUCUUUCCUCCAAUGUGAGAAUGUUCGGGUGAAUUGUUUGGGUAUGUCAUUACACCACUACACGUACAUAUAUAAAUAUUAGAAUUUUAUGUUCAAAGGUAUAUACGUCGUGAAACAUAUACAUCUAUGCAAGAAGCACUGGUAACAAUGAUUUGUAUAAAGCCUUUAUAAUACUUGAAUGAUCUAAGUAAGUGUGUAAGGAUAUUGAAUCGCAUUGAAUUAAAGAUUCAAAUUUUCCAUA